AUGAUUGAACAGAUAACAGCAUUCCUUGGCAAGAACAGGCAGCAGCCUGUCAUAUUUCAGGGAAGUCAAGCAGCAAGCGUGUCCAAUCAAAUUUCUUCCUGCUUUGGGAGCCAAUCAGAGCCAGCAUAUCGGUGUCCAUGUUGGCGUACAGAAGGGUGUGUUGACUACUUAAACCGUUGUCUUUUCCCAAAUUACGCAGAAGCAUUUUACCCGUAAAGAAUCUACGCACAUCUGCACCAGACAUCUUCCAAAAUGAGCGCCAAAUGUCCAAUCAAGCAGGAAGUGGUGGACUUUAAUAAGGGACAACUGAAGAGGACUGAAACUGCCGAAAAGAACCCUCUUCCAACGACGAAGGUAAUUGAUGAUGAGAAGAUCGCCAUUGAAGAGAAAUGUGCCAAACUGCCACUCAAUAAAGAGUUGGAAGGGUUUAAAAAGGACCACCUCAAGAAGGCGGAAAUGAAAGAAAAAAACCCUCUUCCAACAACUGAUGUAAUUGAUGACGAGAAGAUCGCCAUCGAAGAGAAAUGUGCCAAAGAACCACUCAAUAAAGAGUUGGAAAGCUUUAAAAAGGACAACCUCAAGAAGGCGGAAAUGAAAGAAAAAAACCCUCUUCCAACUACUGAGGUAAUUGAUGCAGAGAAGGUCGCCAUCGAAGAGAAAACUGUCAAAGAGCCACUCAAUGAGGAGGUGGGGUCAUUUAACAAGCAACAGCUCAAGAAGACAACCACAAAAGAAAAAAACAUACGUCCAACUGCAGCGGAAGUUGAAGCGGAGAAGAAAGCCCUGAAAGGGGGGAAGUAACUGAACCGUGCCUGCCAUGAUUCCUCUUUCAGUCCUGCUCCGUUACCGACUCUUCUUCUGAUAAAGAAUACUGUCCAGCAUCACGCCGCCUGCCUGUUUGAAGAAGUGUUUGGGCUGAUGCAUCGGAAAGGAUGUUCCUGUACUCCUUGUAAAUGAAUGCAAUAGAUGUAUUUUUGUGUUUUUUGUCUGUGCUGAUUAUAUGGGGCAUGGAAAAAGAUAACAAUUAAAAGGAUUUUUUUUUUCAAAAACAUGAAUUGUAUUAAUGGAAAUCCACCAAAAAUAUAUUGCACCAUAAGUAUGACUGUAAAUGUUGUCCUUCAGAAAUGUUCUGAGAAAUGACACUCAAACGUAUAACACUUUCUUUUUUUUUUUAUUAAAUAAAAAUGGAUAUGUUAACAUUU